AUGGGAGACACAGACUCAUGGCAUCAGGUGGGGCUGCUGCUGGUGAUCGGCUUCAACUGCGGCUACGUGCUGAGCUUCUCCAACCUCAUGAUGGUCCCCCUGGGCCGGGGCUGGGGAGUCGCCUGCCUUCUCCUCGUCGCCGCCGCGGCCUGGUACGCCAACUGGCUCCUCGCCGGCCUCCAUAUCAUCGACGGCCAGAGGUUCAUCCGGUACAGGGACCUCAUGGGAUUCGUCUUCGGGAGGAAAAUGUACUACAUCACUUGGUUCCUGCAGCUCACCACUCUACUUCUAUGUAACAUGGGCUUCAUUUUACUAGGUGCAAGAGCACUCAAGCUCGUGGUCAUUAACCAGGCAAUCAACGUGGAGUUCACCCACUCCCCUGCUAGGCUGCAAUGGUUCAUCACCACGACCGGAACCAUCUACCUCGCAUUCGCCUACUUCGUGCCGACGAUUUCCGCCAUGAGGAACUGGCUCGCCACGUCCGCGGCGCUGACAGUAGCUUAUGACGUCGCUCCGUUGGCCAUCCUAAUGAGCGAUGGAAAAUGGGAAAAGCAAAAGGAUUACACCGUCCUUAUAUGGACCCAAGACGAGAAGGUGUUCAACGCGUUGGGCGCCGUCGCCGUCGCCGCCAUCCUCGUCUGCAACACGUCCGGGCUGCUCCCGGAGAUACAGCCGGCGGUGCGCGGCAUGAGGCGGGCGCUGCUGCUGCAGUACACCGCCGGCGCCGCUGUGUACUACGGCGUCAGCGUGGCGGGGUACUGGGCGUACGGGUCGGCGGUGUCGGAGUACCUCCCCGACGAGCUCGGCGGGCCGAGGUGGGCAGCCGGGUCCAUCAACGCCGCCGCCUUCCUGCAAAGCGUCGUCUGGCAACACGCACGCACCUUUUCGUGCGCCUAG